UCCUAGUGACAGCGAGGGCUUCUCAAUUUUUUUUCUCCAGUUUUCCUCGAUUAUUUAAUAUUUAACACAGCAAACAUCUCCACAGAGACGUUGGGACAAUAAUCCGAGAAGUGGAAGUUAUUUUUUAGAAUUUUUUCCUUGAAUUGAUGAACAUCCCUCGGUGAUUUUCGAAGGAGAAACGGCGAUGCGGCAGCUGAAGGUUAAUUUCCAGAUUUUUUUAGAUGAGAGGAGUUAUUAUUCUCUGUGAAUCUUCAUUGUCACCACGUAAGUGGAUUAACGUGGGAAUUAUGUAACAUUUUGAUACAAUUGCUUUACAAGUGAUGAGAAAUGACGAACAUUUUGCGACGAUGGCGAAUAUGGAUAUUGCCAGUGCUCACUGGCCUUUACGCACUUUUAAUAUGUAUAUUAGUGCCCAUAUUGCUGACGAAAUCCAUGCAGAAUGGAUUCAAAAAGCAGGAUCAGGGUGCCCUUGUGGGCGGCGGGUUCGUCCUAUUAGCGUUACCAAUAGCUUUUUAUGAGAUUGUCCAGCAUAUGAUUUAUUAUACACAACCGAGAUUGCAGAAGUACAUUAUCAGGAUACUAUGGAUGGUGCCAAUAUAUGCAGUGAAUGCCUGGCUAGGUUUAAUUUACCCAAAAAUCAGUAUAUACGUAGACAGUUUGCGCGAGUGUUACGAGGCAUAUGUAAUAUACAAUUUCAUGAUGUACCUGUUGGCCUACCUCAAUGCCGAUCAUCAGCUUGAGCACAGAUUGGAAAUAUCACCACAAGUCCAUCACAUGUUUCCACUCUGUUGUUUACCAGAUUGGGAGAUGGGACAUGAAUUUGUACACAUGUGUAAACACGGUAUACUGCAGUAUGCCGUGGUCAGACCUUUGUCGACAUUAAUUUCAUUCAUAUGCGCCUUGAAUGAAGUCUAUGGAGAAGGUGAAUUUCGUGGGGACGUUGCCUUCCCCUACAUGAUUGCCUUCAAUAAUUUAUCCCAGUUUGUGGCAAUGUACUGCUUAGUGCUAUUUUAUCGAGCCAAUGCUGAAGCUCUGAAGCCAAUGAAACCAAUUGGCAAAUUUUUGUGCAUCAAAGCUGUGGUUUUCUUCUCAUUUUUCCAAGGAGUUCUAAUAGCAAUACUGGUCUAUUGCGGUGUGAUAUCGAAUAUCUUCGACACUGAUAAUACUGAUGACAUUAGGCAUAUUUCCGCUAAACUUCAAGACUUCCUCAUUUGUAUAGAGAUGUUUCUAGCGGCUGUGGCACACCACUACAGCUUCAGUUACAAGCCAUAUGUUAAUUUAGCACAGAGCCAAGCCUGGUGGGAUGCCUUUAGGGCUAUGUGGGACGUCUCGGACGUUCACAAUGAUAUAAAAGAGCACUUCAGCGUUGUUGGCUCGUCUCUGAGUCGAAGGAUUCGCGGUCGUGGAGCUUAUCAGCAGACCUGGGGAAAUGUCAACGAGAGAACCUCCCUCCUGCCAGAUCAAGUGAUACCGACAGCACACAGUGCUCCAGCAGGUUCAUUCUCUGGUUACCCAAGUGAUCCAGGACACAGUGAGAACCAAUUUGACUCUGUCGAGGAUCUCACUGAGCCACAUGCCAGUGGCAACAGUGUAAUUACGUAGCGAACAGGAGUAGAAGUGAAAGAUAUUAAUGGAAUGAGGAGGCGAAAUUAUACAGUUGAGAGAAUUGAUGGAACAAAUUCGGUGGAGAACGAUUGGAAUUGCCUCAAUUUUAUCAACUACAGAUUAAUUAUUUUUUGAUCAGUUUGUAAUGGCUGUGGGCUCUCUUUUACUGUUAGAUUUCAUUCUUGAAGAUAUUAAGUCGCGUAUGCAAAAAUUUAAUGGAAAAACCUAGGGCUUUCCUCAAGAAAUUCCAUUCAAUCUUUAUCAAAAUUUUAUUUAAAAAAUCAAUUUGUUUUUGGGUCAGUUCUAUUGGAGAUUAUACAGAUUGACCAUAACAUAUUCCUGAGAGACAUUUGACGGAAAUAAUUCAAUAGAUUUUAGUUCUACACUAAUUGUUGGGCGUAAAAUCUCCAAGUUUUUUUCUGUCCCAUUUUUUUUCUCAUAAUAAAAUGCAAAAAAAAAUUGGAUAAUUUGCGCCUCAGAAUUCUAAGAGAAAAAAUUCCAACAGAAUGAGUUAUAUAGAAAAAUUAACAUCUGCACUUUUUCCUAUAAACACAUAUCUAUUUAAAAAUUCAAAGGAGAGUUGCAUAAUUUUUAAUUGGAUUGACGCAAAAACAAAUAGUAUUCCCUAGAAUAAUUAUUUUUCAAAAGAAUUUCUCGGAGAAAGCGCUAGGUUUGUGACCGAAAUUUUUUCAUACAUGAUUAGCUUCAGAGUAUUGUUUAUCCAUUUUAGUGGUUUAAUUAACUCCAACAAUAAUGUGUAUAUGGAAUUGAUAGUGCGUUCUUUCAGUCUGUCAUCCAAUGUGUAAUGUUAAGGGGAAAUAAUUGCUAUUGGAGAAAGGGAUAGAAUGAACAUCUCUGACUCAAAAAAUAUUCAUAACUCAAGAACAAAUUCAUCAAUGCAGUAUAAUAUUCAUUAUAAGGGAGAAAUGAGAUCAUGUCAUUAGUAGUUCAAUGAGUUACGAAUAUUUCGAGAACAUUUAUUUUCAUCAAUGAAUAGGUAUCAGUACAUUGUUCACCAAAUUAUGUCAACCAAAAAUGAUGAUUAUUGUAAAUAUAGUAUGUUUAUACCGAUAUGACAGGGGACAUAAAAUUAUAGCGUGAUUGGAAUAUAAUUAUUUGUACAUAUCCAACAGUGUGUAUCUGUGAUUUUUUGAACCAUAUUAAAUCAUACGUGUGAUUGUUUCAUCAUA